AUGUCGAGAGUCCAUUCUUCGGAUACCCAACCACCACCGGUUUUUCAUGAAAAAGAUGGAGAAGAACAGAGGCCUGUGAUCCCGUACGCCUUCCUGAUCCUGUCGUUCAUCUGCGUAUGUCUAUCUUUUGGAUGCUCGUUGGUCACAUCAAUUACAUCGACACAAAUACACGAAUAUGGCAAUGGAUCGUUAGAGGAUUUCUAUUCCGAAUGGGAUUUCCGCUACGAUGCCAGCCAAACGUUUGUCAAUUUUACAAUCCAAAAACGCAGUUAUCUAUCAAACCCGCAAAAGGAAAUGCUAAAAGGAGUCGACACGAUUGGGUUCUUAAUUAUGGUCGUGCCGUUGAUCUGUUUUUACAAUAACCGCGCCUUCCUCCUGGCGGCCAUAUUCUCGAUCGUCCCCUCAUUCUUCCUCCCCACUUCCAUUAAUGUGCAGACAUAUGUGGUCGCGCUGAUGCUCAGGAUAUUACAAGGUAUCGGCUGGAUAUCUGUGGCCUCUGCCCUGAUCGUUUUCCCGCUGUCCGGAAUCUUGAUGAGUAGCGGAUUGGGAUGGCACGCCGCGCAUCAUGUUAUUGCCGCGGCCCUUUUCGUGUUGUUAAUCCUCUUUAUGCUGUGCCACUAUUCCGAAGAUUUCAAAUGGGAUGUGGUUGAGAAGAGGUGGAAAGAGGUGGUCCGCGGGCAUUCAAAUGGUUCACAUCUCUUCACGAUGCGCCUACCCUAUUUAUCCAUUUAUCAGGACAUCCAAAUCUGGGUUUGUCUCUUCGCUUCGUCGGCCCAUUUUUCGAUCAUCGCGAUAGCGCCUGAUAUUAUACCGACGUUAUUGAUUAAGAAAGGCCAAGCUAUCAUCGGAAUCCUGACCAUAACGGUCGGGUUGUCCGGAUUUGCGUACGGAGGAGUGUUUCGUAUGGCACAGUUGAGGAGCAAACAAUUCCACGGCUUCAUCCUGAUCCAUCUACUCGUCAGCCAAGUGUUCGCCUUUUUCCUCACUUCCCUAUUGACGGCGCUGAUCUCGCAGAAUAAUGAAUAUACUGCCUGGCGAAAUCUACUGGUAGGUGAAGCGGCAGUGCUGGCUGUGACGGCUUCGCUUUUCUACCUGGCCGCGUCGAAGUCGCCGGCCAACUGGACUAAUGAAGGCUACGAAGACACGUCGAUGCGACCAAAACGAGACGAUCCACUCCCCCAAUUCCCGCUG